CCGUCUCACAGGAAGUGAUGUCAGACCCGUCUGAGGCAGAGGCAGAGGGAGGAAGUAGCUGAUCUGUUUUCACCGGAAACACUCAAAUGGAGGUGAGAAAGAUGCUGCCGCUGCUGCUCGCUGCUGCUGCUCUGGCUGGUGCGGCAGCAGGAAGCUAUCAUGGCGUCUCCAUGCCAGGAUCUCCAUCCAACAUCAGCAGGAAUGACGCCGCUCUGCAGCAGGUGGUCCUCACCGCCGCUGCUGACUUCAACAAGCGGUCCAACGAUGCCUUCCUGUUCAAACCUUCGGCCAUAAGCACAGCGCAGCGACAGGUGGUCAAAGGGAUCCGGUACAUUGUGGAUUUCCAGAUUUCCAGAACGGUCUGUCCUAAACGGGAUCCCAUCCAGGACCUGUCCAAGUGCGACUUGCAGCCUCAGGGCCUUCUGCACCAGACGUUCCGCUGCCACCUGGACCUCUGGCUGAUCCCUUGGAAGCAUCGCCAUGAAACUCUGGAGCUGCUCUGCAAACCCUGAACCAUAGAAGCAUCAGCAGCAUCUGACCCAGAGCGCUUCUGUUGGACUACUGCUCUUCAUUUGAAUAAAAGUAUUGGCUUUAAAACCUUCACCCCCUCAGUUCCUCUGAUCUACUCAGAACCUUUGAUGGUUCAUCCUCGGCCCACUUAAUAAAUAAACCAGAACACAGCA